GAGGUUUUUUGUAUUUGCGGGAUUCUGUAAAACACUAAAACUCCUAUUUUCCUGUGCGGUCCUUGAACGCAGCAGCAGCAGAACAGAGAAAGGCGGUCACAGGCGCAGGCUGUUCUCGCCGCUGACGUCCCUCCCUGUCUCCGCCCUCUUUCUGUUGUCCCCGUGCCUCUCCGGAGGUGGAGAUCCCGUUUUCUGACGUCCUUUAUCGGUUUUUGAAGAAAGCAAAUUGUUAUGUUCGCUCUACGGGGAGGACGUCUGCGACCUGCCGGGACUUUUCGUUCACCGGCGGAGCGGAUGAGAAGAUCCAUGGGCGGACGGGACUGAGAGGAAGGGACGGGGUGGCUGCACGCCCGCCGCUGCCUUUGAUACAACUGCAGUUUGUCAUUGAUUUUUUUUCUUUCUUUUUUUCCACUUCGGUGUCUCCGUCGCUGCGCGGAAAUGCGGUCUCUGGGAGUUUCUAGUUCUUCGCGGAAGCUUUUUUUGACUUCGGUCACUCCAAAGAUGUCCCAUUAGUUAGCUAUCAGGAGUACACAAACCUCCGUUUUUCCUAAACUCCCAAAACCCUCCGCUUCUUCUCAUAAUCUUCAUCAUUUUUUUGGUCUUCUCCACCCGAACCUGGUGCAGCUCGUCCGCUUUUCUUCUCAGGAAUGAGGCGGUAGCAUCAGAGGGGGGUUUGGGUGAAAGUGAAGAGCCGGGGGGGUUGGGGGUCCGAUCCGGACUGGUUUUCUCCGUGGAGGGGCUGGGAGACGUAAGGUGGAUGUGUCUGAUCAGUUUGGUCACUGCCGGUGAUGCUGCCUUCACGGACCGUAACGAUGAGGAGGACAGACUGACCAGCGUCGAGCCGGUGGGAGUGAAAGCCAGGCCUGUUCGCCUUUAGUUUUUGUUUAUUUAGUGAAACCCAAAAAGGACUUUUAACUGUCGGACGGCGACGCACACUCAGGAACCAACAUGUCUUUACGUACGGCCCUGCCCGGUAACGAACGGAACCCGGAUCAUCAUACCUCCCUGUCGGCCAGCCGCUCAGAGAAAGGUACCGGUUGGUCGAGCCGCACGCUUGGCGCCCGGUGUCGGAACUCCAUCGCCUUCUGCUCCGACGAGCAGCCGCACAUCGGGAACUACCGGCUCCUCAAAACCAUCGGAAAAGGCAACUUCGCCAAAGUCAAGCUGGCUCGGCACAUCCUGACCGGCAAAGAGGUUGCGAUAAAGAUCAUCGAUAAAACUCAACUGAAUCCAACCAGCCUGCAAAAGCUGUUUCGAGAGGUUCGCAUCAUGAAAACUCUCAACCAUCCCAACAUCGUCCAGCUGUUUGAGGUGAUUGAGACGGAGAAAACCCUUUACCUGGUCAUGGAGUACGCCAGCGGAGGCGAAGUGUUUGACUACCUCGUGGCUCACGGCAGAAUGAAGGAGAAAGAAGCCAGAGCCAAGUUCAGACAGAUUGUCUCGGCCGUUCACUACUGUCACCAGAAGAACAUUGUUCACAGAGACUUAAAGGCGGAGAACUUGCUGUUAGACGCCGACUCCAACAUCAAAAUAGCUGACUUUGGUUUCAGUAAUGAAUUCACAGAAGGCAGCAAGCUGGACACUUUCUGCGGCUCGCCGCCGUACGCGGCUCCAGAGCUUUUCCAGGGGAAGAAGUACGACGGCCCGGAGGUGGACAUCUGGAGUCUGGGCGUCAUCCUGUACACGCUGGUCAGCGGCUCGCUGCCGUUCGACGGACAGAACCUGAAGGAGCUGCGGGAGCGGGUCCUGAGGGGGAAAUACCGUGUGCCGUUUUACAUGUCCACGGACUGUGAGGGGAUUCUGCGCCGCUUCCUAGUCCUCAACCCUGCCAAGCGCUGCUCGCUGGAGCAAAUAAUGAAAGAUAAGUGGAUAAACGUCGGUUAUGAGAGCGACGAGUUAAAGCCGCACAUCGAGCCAUCAGAGGACUUCACGGAUACGAACCGCAUCGAUGUGAUGGUGGGGAUGGGCUUUGGCAGAGACGACAUCAGAGACUCGCUGGUCAGUCACAAGUACAAUGAGAUCACUGCCACAUACCUGCUGCUGGGACGCAAGACCGAGGCGGAGGGGUCAGAGUCUCGCUCGGCCAGCAGCCUGAGCCUGGCUCGAGUUCGGCCCGGCACCAUUUCCAACGGGACGAGCAAGCACUCCACGUCCUCCACGUCCUCCGGUGCCGCCUCGUCGGGGCACAAGCCGCAGCGCAGCGCCUCGACGUACCAUCGGCAGAGACGACACUCUGACUUCUGUGGUCCCGCCGCUCCGGGGUCGGUGCUCCCCAAGCGAAGCCCCAGCGGCGCCAGCGAGGCAGUGGGGCUCAAAGAGGAGCGGCUGUCCGUACGUAAGCCGAGCACCACCACCGUGGGCUCCCGCAGCAUCCCCACGCCCUCCAGUCCCAUGGUCAGCUCCGCCCACAACCCAAACAAGGCCGAAAUCCCCGACCGGCGCAAGGAGGCCAUCUCAACCACGAAUAACAUCCCUGCCAGUGCCAUGACCCGGAGGAACACGUAUGUGUGUACGGACCGAUCCAACACCGACAGACUGCUGCAAAACGGCAAAGAAAACAGCACGCUGUCCCACCGCCUGCCCCCCGCCUCCCCCUCCAGCCACAGCAUCGCCGGCGCCUCCGGCGUCUCCUCCUCCUCCACGCCUUCGUCCCGCCUCACCAGAGGAUCCACAGUCAGGAGCACCUUCCACGGAGGGCAGAUCCGAGACCGCCGCCCCGCCUCCCACGCACCCCCGGCCUCCCCCACGCUGUCCCACGACUCCAGCCCGCUGCCCCACGGCAGAACCCGGGCCACCUCCAACCUCCUGAGCAAGCUCACCUCCAAGCUGACCCGCAGGGUCACAGACGAACCUGAGAGAAUCAGCAGAUCUCCGGUCACAAGUCGCCAUCUACCUGGGCAUCAGAAAGCGGCCGAGCCCCGGACCCCCCGAUGCGGCUGGGAUGUGAAGGUGCGGAGCGUCCGCGACCCGGCUGAGGUGGUGCUGGCGCUGCGCGAGGCGGCGCAGGGCUGCGGCUGCCAGGUCCACCUGGCCGGGCCUUUCCUCCUGUCCUGCACGCACGGAGCGGCCGGCGCCCGCGUGGCCUUCGAGGCCGAGGUCUGCCAGCUGCCCGGCGGGCUGGGCCACUGCAGCGGCGUGAGGUUCAGGCGCCUGUGGGGGGCACCGUUAGCCUUUAGGGACAUCGCCACCAAAGUGUCCAAGGAGCUGGAGCUCUGAGGGCAGCCGGGGGUGGGGUAGACAGACGGCAGACAGGACAGAGGUGGAGGAGGAGCAGGAAGCGCUCCCUCCUCCUUCCCUGUGCUCCACCUCUCCUGCUAUGGCUAGCGAUGCCUCACCUCCACCAAAACACCUCCUGCCUCUAAAUCCUCCGGUCACUGCCCGAAAACCGAAGCGCACACGUAGACAUGCUGCCGAAAUGACCUAAGGUGACCUGUGACCCCCGCUUAGCACUUGCUACCCCAUCCUGAAAGGAGCCCACAGAGCCGGACCGCUGUCCUGAGAACGAUGAGGAGCCACUCUUCGUUUCCCAGCUGUACUUUAUGUUAGUCAUCAUUCCUUUUUUAAAAGCUGCUAUUUAAAGAUGUUUUUUUUUCUGUUUACGUUUGGUUUCUUUAGUGCUUUUAAAAUGGACGGACUUUCACAACGAUUGGUGCCGAUGCCACGUGCACGCUCCAACCACUAGAGGGAGACAUGCAGAAAUGCAGGGACUCAAAGGAGCAUCAAGCCAAAUUUGUGAAACAGAGAAUCUGGGACUUUUGUGCUUUCCAAAGUGUUGAUAGCUGGAACGUGAGCUGCUUACAGAACGGAGAACCUCAGAGCUCAGAUCUUCUCCAAGACAAGAUGUCAGGUGACUGGAAGGGGUUUAACGUGACGCCAAGAUGGAGGUCCUCACUCUUAGCUGCUCGACUCCCACAUGUUUUAGCUAAUAGGUAUGAAGCCGCAGAAAGCCUGUUUUAACCAUUUGUUUCCUAAAUUCACCAUUUUAUUGUUGUGAGCGGGGCUAGCACAAACUGGCUUCUGUAUCCCCAUCACCUUCCUGAAGGCCAUCGUUUUUCAUCCAGGUUUUACUUUUUUCUUUCAGUUUUUUAUUUUUAUGUUUUAAUUUAUUGAUAAAAAAAUUGACUAAAA